CCCUAGUUGUUCCCAUUUCCCAUUUGCCAAAAUGGCAGGUCGCUCCGGAUUAAUGAGAAAUCUCGGCAUUGCGCACAUUGUCUUUGGCAUCCUUCUGACGAUUUUUGGAAUUGCAGAGCUUCGGGUCACUUCGAAAGCGAAUGUUUUCUUGAGAUACUUUCUUUCCAAAGGAAAAACUUACUACUUUGGGGUUUGGAUCGGAAUUUGGAUGUUGGUGACAGGAAUUGUGGGCAUUUUUGUCAGUCGAAGAGACCACAAAGUUUGUAUUGGUGCCUUUAUCUUCCUGUCCAUCUUUUCCUCUCUGUUUGGUUUGACAAUUCUUGUCGCCUACGGGACAUACCUAUCACUGAUCUGGUUCAUCGCCGUUUUGUUCCCUUUACCAGUUGCCAUCGCCGGAGCCAUAACAGUUUUAGGUGUUGUUGAGUUUAUCAUCGGAUUAUGGGCCGGAAUUCACAGCUGCCUCACUGUGGUAGACGAGACACCACUUAUGGAGGAAGCGCUGCGAGGUCAACAUCUGCCUUUUAACGACAACCCCGGGUUCGACAAGGCUAACGGAAGGGAAGAAGUUCUCGUAUCUGUUCCUUUGGAAAGAGAACUCGAAAGAACCACUGAUGUUGGAGCAUUCCGCUCAACGGUUCAGGAGCACCAGCCUCAAAUUUUCCCUCUACGUGUUAUGGGAAAUACCCAGGUUCACCCUAAAACGGUUGAGCCAAUCCAUGGAUAAUUUACCUGAUCAAAACAAACAGUCUUAUAAACAAAUCAUUGAACAAUGACUAGUUAAAUCAAAUUUGCUUCUUCUGCUGGCCUCCUGCUUCCUUGCGUUUAUCUUAGUAUUUAUACUAACUAUGCUGACCAUUGUUUCUGCUCUUCAUAAAGAGGUUUUUUGUUUUGUUUUGUUCUAACUCUCUUAUUCCGCGCGCGUUUUCGAACGCUGUUGUUUUGCAGAGGAAGAAUGAGAAAUGUACAAAGUUUAAAUUGCACGUGCUCAGCUAAUGCUCUGAUAAUUAGAUCUCUAGUUUUGCCGCGUCCGCGUUGCCGUUACCGUCGUUAAGUAAACCACGAUGGCGAUACCUAAAUUAACUUUAAAUCCCCAAAUCGUUACGAAAAGAAUAGUGGAAAUAAAUAGCAAAUCGCUUUUUGAUAAUAUUAUCCUUAUUAAAUGCUGACGGGAA